AUGGACAAGAAGUCCAAGGUCUCCUCCCCACCCGACGAGGAUGAAACAAAGGUGGCGGUUUUGGGAUACCCUCCACAACAAUCGCCACUCCCCCAUCACCAUCAUUAUCCCGGUUACCCUGUUCCGGCGCCCUAUCAUCCCGGAUAUCCGCCGUCUCCGUCUAUCUCGCCGUACGCCGCCGGCCCCCCUGGGUACCCUAACCAGCCCCACCAAUAUCCUCCCAUGCAGAAUUACUACCAGCCGCCGCACCACCCCGGGUAUUACAACUCCGCCCCGUUGCCGCCGCACGUGGAAUUCGAGCCGCGGCCGAAGAUUCUUUUGGCGCGGGUGAUUCUGUGUCUCUUGGUUUUCUUGAUCCUCGGGACGGUCGCCAUGAGCCUGCUGACGUAUAUCGUCUUCGGCUCCGCCGUCCCUUUCUUCGACGUCGCCGCAUUUUCCGUCCCGUCGUUCAAUCUCUCCGACAAGUCCCUCGCCGGGACGUGGCAGGCGAAUUUCUCCGUGGAGAAUCCCAACCACGGCCUCGACGUGAUGUUCGAGCGGGUUGAGUCCAUGGUUUAUUACAACGAGUUCUUGUUGGCCAACAAGAUGGUGGAGCCCUUCGAGCUGAAGAGGAACGCGAAGAUGGUCCUGCCGGCCCGGAUUUCGAGUCCGGCGACGAGAGACGGCGGCAACGAGAGAGAGCCGCCGUGGAAGGAGAUGAAAAGUGAGCUGGACGACAGCCGGGACCUCGAGUUCCAGGUGGCGUUGGAGGUUCUGGCGACGUUCAAAUCCGGGUCGGAUUUGAGCCGGCGGAUGACGUUUACCGUUUCUUGUUAUGGGUUGACAGCCCACUUUAAGGAUCCCGGUGUCGGAGUUUGGGAUGGUGUUAAACCCAGUUGUACCGUAUUGUUUUAA